GGAAUUUGCAAGAGAGCACAUCUGAAUCUCUUUCUGGCUGAUUGACGUGCAUCUUCAAAAACAUAAUGAGGUCCUGGUGUUUCUUUGCUUUCUUCUGGUUGGCGUAUUUCUGCUAUGGCACUCUGUCCUGCCCCGCACUCUGCAAAUGCUACCUCAGGAGAAGCGAGGUUGUCUGUAAUAGCGUUCCCCUGACAGAAUACCCCUCUGAGGAUCUUCCAAAGAACACUACCAUGCUGACAAUCCAGUUCACGAACAUCUCCUCGAUCUCGGAGCAGUAUCUGAACCCAACACCUCUGCUGCAAGGGCUCCACUUGUACAGCAACCACCUGCAGAACCUUUCCUCACACCUCCUCAGAGGUGUUCCUCUUCUACACACUUUGGAUCUUACAGGAAACAAACUGUCUGAACUGCCUGUGGACGUCUUUAGCCAUGCCCCACUCCGCAACUUGGUGUUGAAGAAUAACCUGAUUGAAGCAGUCGAUUCUAAUUGGCUUCCUGAUAACAGUAGCGUCACCUGGUUGGACUUAUCUGGGAACCGUUUAACAGAAAUCCCAACUGCUCUUCUUGAGAAACUUCCCCACCUAUACAAUCUGGACAUUUCCAACAAUCGUCUGGGGAAGAUUUCUGCAGCAUUUCUGGACCCCCUGGCCAAACUUGAGAGGCUAAACCUGCAAAACAACAAGUUAGAAACCCUGGAUGAAUUCACACUACAGGGCACCCAUAACCUCACAUAUCUGUUUCUGAGUCGCAAUAAGCUCAACAAACUCCCCCAGAACCUUUUUCAGGAGCUUAGUCAGCUCAAACUCCUGAGUCUGGAUGACAACCAGCUGAGCCACAUCCCCGUAGGUCUACUGGACCCUCUGAAAUCCCUUGACGAAGAGGGACUGGACCUGACCAACAACCCCUGGCUGUGCGAUGGGAAAGUGGAGUACCUGUUGAGGUGGCUUCAGAAGAACAAGGAGAAGGUUUUCCUGCCUGAGACAGUCAUAUGUGCCAAGCCGGAGUCUCUGGUGGGGCGCCCGGUGAUGUCACUGACACAGAGUGACCUUAACAUUAAAUCAUAACAGUUUUCAUCCUAAUAAUGUCAAAACUGUCUUUUUAUCAGUGAAACAUUGUCUUUGUCAAUUGUGAAUGUGUAUUAAAACAU